GUCUCUUUUCAGAGAGGUGUGAUAGAUGAGUGAGAAGCAGAACCUGUCAGGCAAGCUGAGAAACUGCAGUGAAUUAGUGGGGCGGUGGUGCGUCCUGAGGAAGGUGAUGGAUGGAGGGAUGCAAAAUCAAUUCGGUAGAUAUUCUCUAGAAAUACUGCUGAGGUAAUUAGUGUUCUCCUUGCUCUGAGGCGCUCUGUACCUGGAAUUCAGCUGUAGGAAAGCAUUCGGUGGGACAGACCUUCCAUUUUUGUGCUUCUUGGAGUGCCUCCCUUCUCUCAACGGCUGUCAGAGACCAACACCACCACUUUGCUGACCAUCCUGAGGGGCUGAGGUGCGGAAUCACACAGGUUGGGAUCCCGAGGGAAGAAAUCCUCCUUGUCCUCGUCCAGACCUGCUCAGAUGGCAGAAGAGUCACCGGGGGAUGCUGCCCGACGUGCACAGACAUCCUUCUGCCUUUCCAGAUGCAAAACACAGCACAGAUGCGGCCACCAGAGGAGAUGCAGAACGAGGAGCCGUACAGUAUCAGCAUUCAUGAGAGCCACUCAGUACACAUGCAUGUUGCUUAGCUAUGUCAUAGAGCGUAAGGCUGAUAACGAGAAGUUGGUGCUGAAACUCAAGCAGCUGGAAUCUAGCAUGAGCUCUGGCCGUAAAAUGUUCCGGCUGGGCAAUGUGGUGCACGCCUUGGUAGCAGCCAGGAAAACUACAGAGCUUCCCGAAGUGCUUCCUCGCAUCUGCCUGACAGCCUCCAACCUGACCCGUGCUCUGUACUUCUUCUGCGACACGGUGCUGUGGUUGAAGAGCGUUGGACUCCAGUCUGACAUCAAGAAGGCAAAGUGGCAGAACUGGGCUACCAAGUGCUACUACUUCUCACUGCUGAUGAACCUGGCCAGGGAUUGGUAUGAGGUCUCGUGGAGGCUGGAACAAGCUGUACAGGAGGAAAAGAUGAAGGAGAACUGUUUUGGGGACGAACAACCUCAGCAACGAAACUCUUCCAAAUGUAAUGGCUUGCAUGGUUUUCUCUUCCUGCUGUUUCAGAUACUCAGAAGUCAUCCACCUCUGCUGUUAGACGUGGUGAAGAACCUCUGUGAUCUCUCUGGUCCUUUGGACACACUGGGGAUCUACAAAACCAAUCCAGGCGUGAUUGGUUUCUGUGGGCUCCUCUCCUCUCUGGUGGGGAUCCUCACUCUAGCAAGCCCACAUCUGAAGCUGAAAGAGUGAUGUAAGUGGAACUGCUCAGUGCACAGUGAGCCAGCAGCUUUGAUCCUCUCACAGGUUUUUAUUCUCCACACGGCACUUUAAAAAUGAAGAUGUCUCACUUUAACCUCAAGAUGAGUUUUUUUUCCCUCCGAAUAAGUGACUUCUGCCCUUUGUCCUUCCCUGUGUCUCUGCAGAUGAGUUUGGUGCCCAACAGAGCGAAGAUGAAAGAAAGCAGAGUAAUAUUGCACAAACAGAAAGAGAACUUGGAACGUGGCUACUAGAUAAGGAAAUACUGAUGAUCCUAUAUUUUAACACAGCUUUAUGAAAUAGCUGCCUAAACUACUGCAGUAUGCGUAUGACUCAUAACUAAUCAUGUUUACACAGGAAAGCUAGAAUUCAGCAAUCAAAGGUUCCUAUAGCCAAAUUUUCUGUAGUAUGUUCAGGCAAGUUAGGAACUGUGGUUAGAUGGCCUAAAGUAAAACCUGAGUGUUCUGACAGGGCUGGGUUGCUGGAUCCUGACUUCUGUAGGCAGUGGUUCGAUCAUAACUGAAAAGUGGUAUCAUCUGACCUUUCAGUGAUCCCUAUGUAACACGAACACGCACUGCUGACUCUGGACCUACAGUUCGGUGAGUGCCAACUUCCACCUCAAGGAAUCAAAAACGUCUUUUCCUUUGAUAAUAUAAGCCAAGAUGGGUUGGCCACCAACUAACUCUUCCAGCAGGCCACGGAUGAGGAUUUUGGUGAAGAAACGCAUGUGGGAAAUGCUGGUCUCAUUGCUGCUAAUGCUGUGAUUUGUAGGGAUCUGAGUGCAGUGAAGCUGUGAAUCUGGAACCUGUCAUAAGCACGACAUUUCCCAUUACAUCCACACCUUAAUUCCUGCGAUUCCAAGUGGAACAAUUUUACAUUAAUGACAGUGUGAUAAGCAGUUUGUUCUGCUGUUUUAAUUUUACUUGAAAAAGUCCAGUGUAAUAAGGAGCUUUGGAACCUGCAGUUAAGGAGAAAAGGCCGUCUUGGAGCUUGUCAAGUAAGAAAAGCUGCAAGGGUGUUUCCAGUUGUGUCAGCUCCCAGAGGGAAGGGAAUGGAGUCGGACUUGAUCAUAUAUCAGAAUGACCUCAAGAAGAGAAGCUUAAUUACCUGGAUCUGGGCAUUCAUGUUUCAGAUUUUCUUUCCUGAUCCUCUCCUUCUAUCAUGACAGCAAGAUUUCUUGUGUGUGCCCUCCCUGGUUCUACCAUUUGAAAAUGCCUUACUUUCGCCCCGCGACUGCAGAACUGCUCUUCAGUUUUCUGGCUGGGAAUGAUUGCCGGGCAGCGUGAGCUCAGUUAGAGGAGAAAUGCUGUGUCCAGCAAUCUAACAGCUUACAUGAUGUGCUGCUGUCUUUAUUGCUCCUGACUUUGCAGAAUAUCAGUUAUAACACAAAAUUAUUGCUUUUCUUCAUCAGACUGCAAGGGCUGCUUGUUUAAUCUGUCAGGAGAUGUGAAUAGAGAUUAUCCUAACCAGGACCAACAUACUCUCUUAUUAUUUCUGAUACUCUCUGUAAACAGAAAUUAAAAGGUGCAGGUCUCCUUUAUUAAAGGAGGAGGCUGUGGAACUGAGCAAGCAUGGUAAUGCAGUGCCCCAGUUUACCUUAAGUCAUUGUGGUCGUGCUUGGAAUUACUUCCACUUUGAAUCUGAAGUGUUAGGCUGCCAAUGAAGUGUUUGAAAAUAGAGGUUGCUGAGCAGGGUAAUUAAGUGCGUCUGAAGACCAAACAUGGCCCGUAGCAGCUCUUCUUUUUAAUAUGGAAAUAAAUACCACUAAAAGUAGAGCACUGUGCAGUUCAGGCCAUAAUGGCUGCGUUGUCUUCAAGGGCUUUUUCUUGCUACUUGUUUAACAGUUGGGUUUUUUGUUGUUGCUUCUUUCUUUCUUUAUUCCAUGUGCCUUUGAGCUGCUGGCACUGUGUGGCCCAUCUCUCCCUUGGUCAGAUUUGACCGUUAUCCCAAUGUCAGCAACCGGGUUAGGAAAGGAGUCUUGGUGAUCUAUCAGCAGAGCCUGGAAUUUGCCUACAGAAUGUAUCUUCUUGCAAGAAGCUGCAUUAUGAAUUGCUCUCAGGAGACCUCUUGGGUACAAAACAGAUCUUACGCUGGUUUGCACACUGAUUCCUCUUUUUCCUAUGUAGUUCAUAGUUAAGCGGGAGCAGAUUCGUGCACUGCUGUGGCCCUGGCUAGAUACACAUCCCUGUGCUCUGCGGAGGGAGCAGGGUGGUUUCUUGCCCACAUGCCAAGCAAACACUGUGCAAAGUCACAAACCAGCCCUUGGUGUUCCUCCUGGAGGGGUUGGGCUGUCUCAGCAAGUACAGUCUUAACCUGGGAGAUGGGGCAAUGAAUUUUCAGCCUUCCUCAGCCUUACCUGUUCCAUUUGGCAUAACACAGGUCAGAGCGUACAGGAGUAACUUAACUGGAUGUUAAGCACUAAUACUGCCUUUCUGCUCCUCUGCUGGGGGCUAGCAGUUAAAUGUACCUUAAUGUGAUGUGACUGAAGCCAUAGAAUUGCAAUCAAAUGGAGAAAAUCCUUUUAGUGCCUUUUCUGUGUAUGUUUCUGAUACGACAGCUGGAAUGAGGAGAGCUGUUUGAACACAAGCAAUAAACGUUGAUGCAUAUGA